GAUAAAUUUUUAUUCUUAUUCUCAUGUAAAUUGCCCAAAACGAAAUAGCCAAAAGGUCCCCCACAUCAUUCUCAUCCUACCAUUAAAGAAGCCAGCUUGCCAAACAGCUCUUCUUCCCCAUCUCCAUUUCCAUACCCAUGCCCACCAGAAAAAAGAAGCCUUUUUUCAGGUGCGUAAAUGGGCAAUUGUCAGACGAGGGACGUGGUGGCGGCCGCAGUGAUUCAGCACCCCGACGGCAAAGUCGAGAAGCUUUACUGGCCGGCCACCGCCGGCGAGGUGAUGCGAAACCACCCCGGUCACUACGUCGCCUCAGUUACCUUUCACAUCUCCGGCGAUGUGCGCAAUACACAAGGAGCUGUCAGUGGUUCUCGCCGGCUUAUUUGUAUGCGUCUGCUUAAGCACAAGGAUCUGCUCCUUAUUGGCAAAGUAUACCGCCUUGUCACCUCGCAAGAAGUCGCAAAAGCACUGCAAAAUAGGAAGCAAGAGAGGUUUUUGAAGGUCCAGGCAGAGCUGAUGAAGCAAGAACAGCAGGGGGCAGGUACUGACGGAUGUGUUCAGGCGGAGAAGAAUGAGACAGAGAGGCAGAGAAACUCUCGCCAUUGGCGGCCUUCAUUGCAGAGCAUCUCAGAGGCUAAAGCUUUACAAUGAAAGCAGAUUCAGCUCUCCACCUCCAUUGGUUAUAAAACGCACGCAUAAAUUUGCUGCUGUCCUAAGAGUAUAGCACAUGAAUCUCCUCCUCCAUUAUUAGAAGCCAGAGUUGUGGUUUGGGGUACAAAGUGUAAUGAAUACUACUUCUGAUUUUGUAAUGAUUUUCUCAAGACAUUUAAUGGAGUUGGAAGGUUAUAUA